UUACAUGUCAAUCCAAAAUCGCAAGGCUUUCCGUUCUUAGUUUAGUUUGUUUGCUUACUGAGAAGAGAAAAUUGAACAUUUUUGAACUGUUAAUUAGAGAUAUCGAAGCCCAAUUGAAUAUAACUAUUUUAGUUGAAAUUAAGCUUAAUUUGAAGUUAAACGAACUUUGAUUGUAGUAAAAUCUUGCUCAAAUUCUUCAGUUAACGAUGGCGGUAGAGGAAGAUGCUGAGCAGAGCUAUUUACCGCAGAAGAAGAAAUCGGAAUCUGAUGAAGACAAGAGGAGAAAGAAAAUUAUUCCUGGAAGCUUAAUGAAAGCUUUGAUGAGACCUGGAGGAGGUGAAUCAAAUCCUUCAGAUGGUGAUCAGGUUAUUUAUCAUUGCAUAGUUAGGACGUUGGAUGGAGUUGUCAUCCAGUCUACGAGAUCAGAAAAUGGAGGGAAAGGUAUUCCGGUAAGAGAUGUAUUGGGCAAGAGCAAAAUGAUAUUGGGGUUGUUGGAAGGAAUUCCGUCAAUGUUGAAGGGUGAAGUGUCGAUGUUCAAAAUGAAACCUCAAAUGCACUAUGCCGAGGAUGACUGUCCAGUUCCAGUUCCAAGUAAUUUUCCAAAAGAUGAUGAACUCCAUUUUGAGAUUGAGUUGAUAGAUUUCUCCAAAGUCAAGGUCGUUUGCGAUGAUUUGGGAGUUUUGAAGAAGGUAGUAGAUGAAGGACAGGGUUGGGAAUCACCGAGGGAACCAUAUGAAGUAAAAGCUUGGAUUUCUGCAAAGACAGGUGACGGGAAGUUGAUUCUGUCACACACAGAAGGAGAACCAUAUUUCUUUACUUUUGGGAAAUCUGAGGUACCUAAAGGUCUGGAGAUAGGAAUAGGAACAAUGGCACGGAAAGAGAAGGCGAUCGUUUAUGUUAGAAAUCAAUACUUAACCCCAUCUCCCCUCCUGCCAGAGAUAGAAGGCUAUGAAGAAGUUCAUUUUGAGGUGGAGCUUGACCAUUUCAUCCAGGUGAGAGAUAUGCUGGGAGAUGGGCGCCUAAUUAAACGACGGCUACAGGAUGGAAAAGGGGAGUUUCCUAUGGAUUGCCCACUUCAUGACAGUCUUUUACGUGUCCAUUAUAGGGGCAUGCUUCUUAAUGAAGUAAAGACAGUCUUCUAUGAUACAAGAGUUAAUAACCAGGGCGACCCUUUGGAGUUCAGUUCCGGAGAAGGGAUGGUGCCUGAGGGAUUUGAAAUGUGUGUCCGCUUGAUGCUCCCAGGAGAGAUUGCACUUGUCACAUGCCCUCCUGAUUAUGCAUAUGACAAAUUUUCAAGGCCACCUAAUGUUCCUGAAGGUGCUCAUGUUCAGUGGGAAAUUGAGCUUCUUGGUUUUGAGAUGCCAAAGGAUUGGACUGGUUUGAACUUUCAGAGUAUAAUGGAUGAAGCAGAGAAAAUUAGAGUCACGGGUAACAGACUCUUCAAAGAAGGAAAAUUUGAACUUGCCAAGGCAAAGUACGAAAAGGUGCUUCGGGAAUUCAAUCAUGUUAAUCCACAAACUGAUGAGGAAGGAAAAGUGUUUUUAGACACUAGAAAUCUAUUACAUCUGAAUGUGGCCUUGUGCUUCCUCAAAAUGGGAGAAUGCAGAAAGUCCAUCGAGGCCUGUAAUAAGGUUUUAGAUGCAACCCCUGUACACGCGAAGGCUCUAUACCGUCGCGGAAUGGCUUACAUGGCGGCUGGAGAUUUUGAGGAAGCAAGAAGUGAUUUCCAAAUGAUGAUCAAAGUCGACAAGUCUGCAGAACCAGAUGCAACAGCUGCUCUAGCGAAACUGAAGAAGCAAGAGCAGGAAGUAGAGAGGAAGGCUCGGAAACAAUUCAAAGGACUAUUCGACAAGAAGCCUGGAGAAAUUGCAGAAGCUCAAGUUGAAGAUAGAGGUGGAGAUCAGGCCAGCGGUAGUGAAAACCAGAAGAACAGUGAGGAGUCGUCAUCAUCAUCAUCAGAUGGGGUUGACGAGUCUCAGGAUGUUCAUCGAGCUGCUGCUGGUCAACCUCGACUCGGCUGGCUUUACAACUUGUGGCCUCCCGGUGGAAGAGUACUUUCCGCUCUUGGGCUUCAAAGAUGUACCAUACUUUGACACUCUAAUGUCGGACCCUAAAACUUGUUUUGCUUCUGCAAAAAUGUCUUUUUAACAAGAAAAAAACAAUAACACAUGACAAAGGAAAGGAAGGAGACCAAGCAAUGUCCAAACCCAAAAAUUUUCUGAAAUUCUUUAGAAAUACAAUUAUAAUUACUUUUC